GCCGGCCGGCGAUGCCGCUGGCCUCGGGGGAAGGGGUGGGGGCCGGGUGGGUGUGACCCGCUCUCCCCGCCGCCGCCGCCGUCCGCCCCGCUCACAAGGUGCCCGAGCGGCAGAGCGAGCAGCAGCAGCAGUAGCAGAGCCGCGUCCCCGCCGCCGUCCGCAGCGCCCGCCCCGCCAUGCCCAACUUCGCCGGCACUUGGAAGAUGAGGAGCAGUGAGAAUUUCGACGAGCUCCUCAAGGCGCUGGGUGUCAAUGCCAUGCUCAGGAAGGUGGCGGUGGCUGCCGCCUCCAAACCCCACGUGGAGAUCCGCCAGGAUGGGGACCAGUUCUACAUCAAAACUUCCACCACUGUCCGCACCACUGAGAUCAACUUCAAAAUCGGGGAGAGCUUUGAGGAGGAGACGGUGGAUGGACGAAAGUGCAGGAGUUUGGCCACUUGGGAGAAUGAAAACAAGAUCUAUUGCAAACAAACUCUUAUUGAGGGAGAUGGCCCCAAAACAUACUGGACUCGAGAAUUAGCUAAUGAUGAGCUGAUUUUGACCUUUGGUGCUGAUGAUGUUGUGUGCACAAGGAUUUAUGUAAGAGAGUAAAACCAUCAAUUUACUUGUCAUCUGGGAUGAAGUGGAGAACUGUGAAAACCCCCAGUAUAAUGAGUAUCUGUGUGUGCUGUUACUAAUGCAGUGUUGUAUGUGACCGUGUGUGUUAUAUCUGAACCCAUACCCUCUGUUAAGUGUAUUUUGCUUUCAUUUUUCAUCGCAGACACUAUUCCUUCUCACUUUUAUGCCAUCGUUUUUUGUGUCUGCUUUGUAUUUUGUAGUUCUCACUUCAUACGGUUUCAUCAAUUAUUAAACUUAUUGGGCUUAACUCACA